AUGAAGACCUCGACCCUCCUGUGUCUUUGUUUCCUUGGUUUCAGUUACAGUCUGGCAGUGGAUGAUGUGUAUGAAUAUCUGUGGGAGAAGAAUAAAGACAUCGCCAGUAAGACAAUCGAGUUAGACUUCCUGAGGCAAAUGGAGAACGGCAGCCUGCAGGCAGACCGAUACGUCAACUUCAUCAUACAAGACAUCGGUUAUCUACUGAAAGUCACCAAGAUGCUGAAGAGAAUGAGUGCAAAAGUAGCUCUACCCAAUGACAUCAAGAACUUCAUGAAAGGCAGAUACUCGAGCUACAAAAGUUUUGGAGACUUAAUGCUCAAACAAUAUUUUUUCAAGGGUGAGCCUCCCAUUCAGCAAACGCCUGUUAUGAAGAAGUAUCUUUCAUUCUACAGAAACCUGAUGGACAAUGAAGAGCCGCUGUACUUUGCUGUGGGUCUCCUGCCAUGCGCCAGACUCUGGGUUUGGCUGGCAGACAAUCUCAACAUUCCUCCAACCAAUGCCUACUAUACUUGGAAGAUGGGGAAUAUAGGUGGCCAUUCUGAGAAUCAUUACAAAGCUCUGCUGAAUAAGUAUCUCAACACAUCUGAAGAAGUGAUGAAGGCUAAUUCUGUAUUCCGCUCUCAGAUGCAGAAUGAGCAUGAUUUCUUCCUGUCAUCUUGAGAGAGAAGUGUUGCAAAUAGCCUACUGUCUGAGCAAAAAAUUAUUUGAAGUUUUUUUUAAAUAUUGAUGGAUGUUUUUGGUUACAUAUACUUUAAUGUUAAUAUGCAAUAAAAAAUAUUAAAUAAUUAAAAAUUAAUUUCAUAUUUUAUCCAAGUCUAAUGUAAGCUUUGAAUAAGCUGUA